UCGUCCUGCUUUUUCAAAUUUCGUCCCGGUCCGUUGACUAUUUAAAUAGGUUUGAAGGUUGUUUCAAAGACUGUUAAGUCGGCCAGACUUCUUGUUUGUGCUUACUGAUAGAGCAAUCUGGUUGUGUGCAUUUGGAGGAGCUGCACUCAUAGAGAUAACGCCUUUGAAUCAUUUUUACAGAUACAACAAAAGAAGGCUGACGUAAGACCUGUACCUCAAGGAUGUCCGUCCGUAUAUUCUCUUCAGCGAUACGAACACAUUUACAUUUUCACAAAAUACAUGCAGAUGUAUCUGUGAGAUACUAUGCAGGUCGUCCAACUGCAUAUGUACCAUACGGAAAAACAGGAGACGGAAAUUAUGGAUCAACACUCGGAAAGCAGAGUGCUGACUACACGGAACCAGUACGAGACAAGAUCCUCAACGGGGUCAAAUCCAUUCCAUUCACUGCCAAAGACUCAGUGUUCAACAUAGGCGACUAUGGCGCAGCUGAUGGUUCUGCUUCCAUGGCCAUGAUUGGGCAGAUGUUGGCAACUCUGAAAGAUCAGCACGGCCCAGAGGCACAAUUCCAGGUCAUCUAUGAAGACUCGGAAGUGAAUGAUUUCAAUUCCCUGUUCAAACGUACGGCAGGAAUCAUUCCUGAACCUCCUUCAUACCUUCUGGAAAUGGACAACGUCUAUGUUCUCGCUGCUGGGACAAACUUCUACAAACAAUGUGUACCUUCAAAUUCAAUGCAUUUCAUCAUGAGUAUGAUCGCUGUUCACUGGCUGUCAAAGACUCCAAUACACUUUAAGGACUCAAUUUACAAAUACCCUGAGAGUAGUGCUGAGGAGGAGAUGGCUUUAGAAAAACAGUCUGAGAUCGACUUGGAGACCUUCUUACUUUUGAGAAGUCGAGAAAUGAAAAAGGGAGGCCUGCUUGUUCUUGGUGCCGGAUGUGAGACUGUAGACAAGAGCAGUGGAAAAAUCAAGUAUCUUUCUGAGACGUUCAUAACGUUACUCACUAAGGUUUGGCAGGAAUAUAGAGAAUCUGGGAAAAUCUCAAAAGAAGAAUUUUUUAAUACAAAUUUGUCAUUUUGCCUUCACAGCAUGGCUCAGCUGAGAAAACCAUUCGAUGACAAAAUGUCAGCAGUUUCCAAAUCCGGACUCUGUCUCUUGUCGGCUGAAACGGUUAUCAACCCUGACAUAUUUUACACAACAUGGAGGGAAAAGAAAGACAAGGAAGGGAUUGAUGACAGGGAGGAGUUUGCUCGGAUGUACACAUCGGCCCAUAGGAAUUGGGGCAAUAGCACCUUCAUGAACGGCCUCUCAGAUUCCCGCUCACAGGAAGAGAAGAAGAAGAUAGUCGAUGAGUUUUAUGAGAGUGUUGAAAAACGAAUAUCAAAGCUUAGCCCUGAAGAAUUCAAGGAUGAUUUGCGAUUAACAUAUCUUGUGAUCAGAAAAGAAUAGUCAGCUUACAAUACUCAAGAAGAGCAAGAAUUUGUAUCAUGUCCACAUACAGGCAUGCAUAAUAACUGAUUCUAUGUUAUCGAUUUUAAUUCUUUAAUGUCCCACAAUACUUGAAAUUUCAAGAAGCACGUUUCAAUUUCGAACACCACAUGAACACCAUUUCACCCAAGCUGUUUAACUUUAGGAACAGGAUAUGGAUUUGGCAUCUUGUGAUGUAAUUCCACUACUUGUGGCUGCCAAGACUGAUCAUACUGCUUCCAACACGUUGGUCAUGCAUACUAACUGGUGACUUCUCUAAUAUUGACAACUUUCGUCAGUUAUUCAAAUGUGAAUCAACAUGCAUGUGUCCAAACAAUUUAUGAGUUGUGAUUAAUACAAGAUAUUUGUGUGCGUUAAAAACGUUAAUUAAUUUAAAAAUGCUCAUAUUCUGAUAAAUAUCCCCUAUUUCUAAAUACCAUUAUCUUUGUUUCCCAUGAUUGAUUUAAUUUCCCACUUACGUACAAUACUGGUGCAAACAGUCUAAAUAUCUUUGUAAGCUUUUUGUAGAAUCAACUGUAAGUAUCAGCUCAUCUGCAAAUAAUUGAGCAACAAUGAGUUACACUUCCUCCAAUGCAUAUUACCAUUAACAAAACUAACUCCACAAACAUUGAAGAAGUACUAUCAGAACCUCUUUGGUGUAACCAUCAGUUUAAAAAAACCGAUUUCAUUAUAAGAAAUUGGUUUUUAAAGGGAAUUUACACUAUUAAAGAUCUCUGAAAUGAAGAUGAUAAAAUGCCCUUUAGUGAAUUGAAAAGAAAAUACUAAAUUAAAGGCACAAUUAUUGAAUAUUACCAAGUUCUAUUAAACAUACCAAAAUCCUGGAAAGAUACUAUUAGAAAUAAUCACAUUAUCUUAUAUAAUCAACAUUUAAAUACAACUUGAUGGACUUACUUGUAGCGCCUAAAAGGCUCCAGACAUUUUUAUGAUAAGACUAUAACUACAGCAAAUCUCCCAACUGUCUGUGAAAAAUGGGAUACCAUUCUCGACUCAGAUAUAUCAUGGAAGGGUGUUUUUUAUCAAAUACGGAAAUGUACAAAAGAUGAAAAAUUACUUGAUUUUUAAUGUAAAUUUAUUUAUCGCAUCAUCUAUACAAAGAAAGAAUUGUUUAUAAUGAAAGUUCUCGAUGAUGAUCUGUGCUCCUUUAGUGAAACUGAUACCGAAUCCUUACUUAAUGUACGUUGGGAUUGUAAGCAUGUUAAAGAGUUUUAGGCUAAAGUUGAAUGUUUUCUGAAUGCAAAAUGUUCAAAACUAUUUACAUUUACAAAAUGUUCUGUUUUACUUGGGUACAACUCUAACAUUCUGUUAAAUCACAUUAUACUGGCAUGCAAAAAAUAUAUACAUGUAUCAAGUAUUAAGAAAAACAAAUUGUCACUUGAAAAGUUUCUGAAGACUUUAAUUGUUAUAUUUCGGAUAGAGAAAUCAAUUUAACACAAAACAAUACAAUAAGACAGUUUGACAGAAAAUGGAAAGCUUUGGCAAAUGAAUUGUCUAGUUAAUAUGUCUCUAUUUUUAAAAAAAAAAAAUUAUUUUUUUUUUAACAUAAACAAUUUCCACUAAUGUGCUGUAAGGAUUUAGCUUCACACUUAGUUAAUAAACAUGGCAAAUGUAGCCUGCCCGUUUCACCAUUUGUAAACAUUGUUGUACACCUGUAGCCAACUUAAACUUGCUGACUUGCUGACUUGCUGUCUGCUGUAUAUGUAUGUAACCUGUACCUAAUAAGUAUACCACAAGACGUGCUACUCAAUGUAUAACUCUGUAAUGUCAUAUACUGAAUUGAAUAAAGAAUUUUUAUUUUUUAAA